AUGGUCUUACAGAAUGAGCCACCACCAUCAACAACAGCCAAACUUGCAACAACCCUCAAGUCGACGCUUAAGCUAAACACCACCCGCCAUGAGAACAUUUACAACCUCCCCAACUUCCUGACUCUGACACGCCUCAUCGCCACGCCCAUGGUUGGAUAUCUCAUCAUCCACGACCAGCACCUCUACGCCUUCUCCCUCUUCACUUACGCCGCUGUCUCCGACCUCCUCGACGGGUGGAUAGCGCGAAAAUGGAAACUCCAAACCGUCGUUGGCAGCGUCGUCGACCCCAUGGCCGACAAGUUCCUGAUGACCACUCUAGUCACCUGUCUAGCCGUCAACGGGAGCUUACCCAUGCCGCUCUUUGCCCUAAUUCUGGGACGUGAUGUCAGUCUUGCGGUCUCCGCGCUGUACUAUCGGUACGCCUCGUUGCCUGCGCCCAAGACUAUGGCGAGGUACUGGGACUUCAGUCUUCCAAGCGCUGAGGUACAUCCUACGGGCAUUUCAAAGUUCAACACGUUCUUGCAAUUGACUUUGUUGGGUACGCUGCUGUGUACGAAUUUGCUGCACGAUCCGUCUGCGACUCAGUCGGCGGCGGGCGGGCUUUUGUUGUCGAUUCAGGAUGCGCUUGGUGGUGAGGCGGGUGUCAGGACUAUGGUGCAAGGCAUGUCGGCUAUUGUUGCUAGUACGACGAUUUACAGCGGGCUGGAGUACACUUGGUCAAAGAAAGCAGUAGUCAUUCUCGGCGGCGAUGAGGCGCUAAAGAGGAAGCAAGGUUUCAGAGGCAGGAUGAUCAUGGCGAGCGGGUUUGGAUCCUUCAUUGCGCUCGCGGCGUGGUUGUGGUACAAUCAGAACGCAAGAAAAAAUACAGAGAAGGAAAUUGAGCAGAAAUAA